AUGCAAGGCGAGAUAUGCACAGUGGAGGAGGAAAAGCGCGUCCGGCGAAAGAUCGACAUGGUAAUUUUGCCCAUGCUAUGUUGCGUAUUCUUUUUCCAAUACCUGGACAAACAAAGCCUCAGCUAUGCCGGAGUCUUCGGUCUCAUCACAGACCUCAACCUCCAAGGCAGCCAGUAUUCAUGGUGCUCGUCAAUAUUCUACUUCGGCCAGCUCGUCGCCGAGUACCCCUUCAUCUACCUAAUGAGCCGUCUCCCAUUAACCAAGUUCGUCGGCGCAACGAUAAUCAUCUGGGGCGCCAUCUGCAUGUGUCUCGCCGCUCCCAAAUCCUUUCCCGGCUUCGCAGCCGUUCGCUUCUUGCUCGGAUUCGCCGAAGGCGCCGUCUCGCCGGCUUUCGUAACCAUCACGAGUAUCUGGUAUCAGAAGAAAGACCACGCUAUGCGAAUCGGUCUAUGGAUAACAAUGAACGGUCUCGCCCAGGUAAUCGGGUGUCUGCUUAUGUACGGCAUCGGCAAGAACUCGCAGCUAGGCCUUGCGCCGUGGCGAGUCAUGUUUCUCGUCUGUGGCGCGCUGACGACGCUCUCCGGUGUCUUGUUUACUGUUUUGAUGCCGAAUGGGCCGCAGGAUGCGUGGUUUCUAACUCCGCGAGAGAAGGAGGUUUUGAGGAUGCGCAUGACGGCUGAUAAUGAGGGCGGAGACGUUGCUCGUUUCUCGGGGGCGCAGUUCAAGGAGGCUAUGUGGGAUGGAAAGUCGUGGGUGGUGUUUGGGUUCGGGCUGUUGGUUACGAUGCAGAGUCCGGUUCUUACGUUCGCAUCGCUGGUGAUAAACAAUAUCGGCUACGACAAGUUUGAUACUCUGCUCUAUACUGCUCCAUCGGGAGCUGUCCAGGUUGCCUUUAUCUGGAUAGCGGUGAUAGCGUGUCUGAUUUUCCCAAGGAGGCGAUCGCUGAUCGUGAUGGUUUUGGCCUUGCCACCACUAGUUGGGAAUGUAUUACUAUUGAAGCUGCCGCUUUCAGCACAAUGGGGCCUUAUCGUGGCCUCAUGGUUGUCGUCGUGUAUAUCAGACGUCAUGACGAUUCUCCUCAGUCUCAGCGCGUCUAAUGUAAAAGGUAAUACGAAGAGAGCUGUGGUUAACACUUUAUUCUUCAUUGGAUACUGCGUCGGAUGUAUUGCCUCGCCGCAGCUGUGGACGAAGAAACCGCGGUAUUUUGAGGGCGUUGUCACUUCGAUGGUGACAUGGUGUUUACUCUUUGUUGUCAUGGGUGUAUAUUGGGGCCUCUGUGUGAGGGAGAAUAAGGCUCGAGAUGAGAAGGCGAGUCGUGGCGAGGUGGAUGAGAGUACUGGGGUCGAGGGAGAUGUUACGGAUAAGCAGGAUAGAGGCUUUAGGUAUAGCUAUUAA